AUGGCGGCCUUUGCCCGCCUGCUGGAGUGUCUCCUCUGGCCAGCUCGCAAAGAACAAGAGGCAGAGGAGGAAGAGGAGGAGGGGCGGAGGACUCACGAUGGGCCCUCACUCCUGGACGCGCCGCGAUGCGUCCAGCGGCCACACGGGGGUGCGGCCGCGUCUUGGGGACUGCGCUUUGGGGCGAGCGCUGUGCAGGGCUGGCGCGCGCACAUGGAGGACGCGCAUUGCGGUUGGCUCGCUCUGCCCGGGCUACCUCCAGGCUGGGCUUUCUUUGCGGUCUUCGACGGCCACGGCGGGUCUCGAGCUGCCCUCUUCGGCGCGCGCCACCUGCCUGGACACGUGCUUGAGGCGCUGGGUCCCGCGCCCCGCGAACCCGAGGGAGUGCGCGGGGCGCUGAGCCGAGCCUUCCUUAGCGCAGACGCACGCCUGCGUGCGCUCUGGCCUCGUGGCGAGACGGGGGGCUCCACCGCCCUGAUGUUGCUAGUCUCCCCGCGUUUUCUGUACCUGGAGCACUGUGGUGACUCCCGAGCUAUGCUGAGUCGCGCCGGCGCCUUGGCCUUCAGCACCGAGGACCAUCGGCCCCUCCGACCCCGGGAACGCGAGCGUAUCCAGAAUGCGGGAGGCACCAUCCACCGCCGGCGCCUCGAGGGCUCUCUGGCAGUUUCCCGAGCACUGGGCGACUUUGCUUACAAGGAGGCUCCGGGAAGGCCCCCUGAGCUGCAGCUCGUUUCCGCGGAGCCUGAGGUGACCGCCCUGGCUCGCCAGGCUGAGGACGAGUUCGUGCUAUUGGCCUCUGACGGGUGGGACGCGAUGUCUGGCGCUGCCCUGGCGGGACUGGUGGCAUCGCGCCUCUGCUUGGGCCUGGCCCCGGAAUUUCUCUGCGCGCAGCUCUUGGACACGUGUCUCUGCAAGGGCAGCUUGGAUAACAUGACCUGCAUCCUGGUCUGCUUCCCCGGGGCCCCCCGGCCUUGCGAGGAGGCAAUCAGGAAGGAGCUAGCGCUGGACGCAGCCCUGGGCCGCAGGGUUGCCGAGCUGUAUUCCUCUGCUCGGGAGCCCCCCAGCCUGAACACAGUUUUCAGGACUCUGGCCUCAGAGGACAUCCCAGAUUUACCUCCUGGGGGAGGGCUCUACUGCAAGGCCGCUGUCAUUGCUGAAGCUUAUUCUCAGCUCUGCCAGGCCUCAGGAGGGCGCUGGCAGCCUGGAUGUGCUGCAGAGACCCCCGGGGACGUCUCCAAGGAUGGUCUGGGUCUCGGUUGAGAGAAGUGAAUCGGUGAAUCAGCCACGCACCCUACAAGAAUUUGGAGCUGUCCAAAGAGGCGGAAGGUGGAGCCACAUAAACAAAGGCACAGAGUGGAAUUCACCACCUCAAUGGGAAGGAGGGAGCUGGGGCUCAAGCCUGCAGUCCUUUGCGUAGGGGGAAGGCAGUUCGGUUAGUGUCACUUGGGGGAGGGGGAAACUGUUGAUAAUUUCCCAGCAUUAGGAGGAUGUAUUUGUCCAGACCGUUUGUGUUGUAAUUGACAGAAGCCCAAGUCCACUUGGGAAUGCAAGGCAGGGAACUUAAUGGGUCAAGUAAUUGAAAAGUUCGAGGCAUGGCUACAUUCAGUUGUCAGAUGAUGUCAUCAUCUCUCAGUUUAUUUUGUUCUGUGUGGACUUCAUUCCCAGGCAGGGUCUCCGCAUGAGGUAGCAGACACUUCCAGCACUAGCCUCCUGGCCCAGGAGCCCAACUUCCCCGGUGUAGGGAGGACCCCAGGUUCCCAGCAGCUGAGGCACUGUGUCCACAGCUGGCUCUCACUGGCCACCCUGGACCACAUGGCUGACCAGUCACUGUGUCUCUGAUUGGCCAGGCUGGGGUCACAUGCCCACCCCUGGUGCGUCAGGCUGAGGGCCACUCCACCCAAACCCGAUGGACUGAGAUGGGGAAUGGCAGUCUCGCAAAGGAAACCAGGAGCACUGUUUCCAGAUUACAGGGGUGCAGACACAGAACCCGAGAAAAGGUUCCUGUUGGCCAUUUCCCACCUUUUGUGUGACAGAAGGGCCCAAGUGGGGCCAGAAAGCCCACUGGCACCCAUUCAAACUCUUCCUUGGACUUGGAGGCCUGACAGCCAUUACCCUCUGGGGGACCCUCUGCCAGGUGGGGCCUCAAAGUCACUAAGGAAGAAAAGUCCCCUUCCCCAGCUACACAGAUCAGCGGAAGGAAGACAAACCGAUGGAGGAACCCCAGAAUGCUUAUUUCCCCUUCUCUUACUUCCCUCUUGCAGAAAGUCUCAUGAGAAGGGGGAAAUUCCACUCAUUAUCUGAACAAACAAACAAACAAACAAAAACAAAUCCAAUAUUUUUGAAAUAUUUCAAGUGGAAUGGAUCCUUAUGUGAUCACACAGUUCAGGGCACCUGGGUGGCUCAGUUGGUUAAGCAUCCGACUUCUGAUUUCAGUUCAGGUCAGAUUCUUGCAGUU